UCAGCUCCCCCCUUUUGGCUCCUCCCCUAUGAGCUCCUCCCCCCGAGCACCUCAUCCCUCUCCCUUUCCUUCAGCUCUCCCCCUUUGGCUCCUGCACCUCGCACCCCGCUCGCACGGACCCUCGGUCCCGCCGCUCUCUUUACUCUCCCCGGCCCCCGCCCUCCUCCCGUGGGGUUACAGCAGCCACCGCUCCCCGUGACACUGAAUCAGUGUACGGCAGGCCGCUUUGGAUGCGGAACCGAUGUGCUGGGGUGCGUGGGGGUGCGCCGCGUCGUUUCUGUAGGGAACUACUUCCGGUAGGGGCAGGCGCUCGGCCGGGCCGGGUGUCUGUCUCUCUUCCGCCCUCACCAGCGGGAGGUGGCCGGGGAUUGGUCCUGUGAGGGCACGUGGGGUCCAGUUCCCCCCCCCCACCCCGUGUCCCACCAUCCGGGGUAUGGGCCAUGAAGACGGGGCUUCCUUCCUGCUGUUGUUACUGCCGCGGAGCCGGCCGGUCGGGGCGGGGCUGCAGCCGGGCCAGGCUCCCCGUUCCCAGGGCGGGGCUGCAGCGUCCCGCAGGGGGCCUCGCCUACUGGGAGCUGUGAGAGCAACUCCCCCCUCCCCCCAGCCCCAAGAAGCUGGGGUUGUGACUCCCCUCCCCCCAGGGUGUUAGGGACCCCCCCCCCCCAGCAGGGGUCGUGCCUGCCCCCCCCCUCCCCGGAGCUGCUCUGGGAGCUGGGACCCACUGUGACACCCUCCCCCCGCCCCCUCCCCCGGGGAUCCUGUUCCCCCUCCCUCCACAGAGAGGUGGGAUUGUGACACCCCCUCCUUCCCCUCCCCCCCCCCACCUCCUCCCUGGAGACCCCCCCUCAGGAGUGAGGCACGUGACUCCCUCACUCCUAAGGUGGGAGCUGGGAAUCGUCCCUUCAGUUAUGACCCUCCCCAACCCUUUGGCUCCCUGGUAGCGGCCGGCACCAGCAAUUGUGGAAGAUCCCUGGGAUUGCGUGGAUCCCCGUUUUGGCCCCAAACAGGAGGUACUGGUGCUGCUGAGAGUUGGGCUUUCUCCCCCACCCCCCCAGCUAGUUAGUUGCCAGGGUCAUUCCCUGGCCUGUACCAACCCCAGAGAAACAUGGAGUUUGCAGAGCUAAUCAAGACACCGCGAGCAGAUAAUGUGGUCCUGCACCGUCCCUUCUACCCAGCAGUGGAAGGGACACUAUGCUUGACUGGCCAUCACCUCAUCCUCUCAUCUCGGCGCCAGGACAAUGCUGAGGAGCUGUGGCUGCUGCACUCAAACAUUGACUCUAUUGAAAAAAGGUUUGUUGGCUCAUUAGGCACCAUCAUUAUAAAAUGCAAAGAUCUGAGGAUUAUUCAACUGGAUAUACCCGGAAUGGAGGAGUGUUUGAACAUUGCUAGCUCUAUUGAGGCAUUGUCCACCCUGGAUUCUGUCACACUAAUGUAUCCCUUCUUUUACCGGCCCAUGUUUGAAGUUGUCGAAGAUGGCUGGCACUCCUUCCUGCCUGAGCGAGAGUUCGAACUUCUCAGUUCGGUAACGACUGAAUGGCGGCUGAGCUAUGUCAAUAAGGAGUUUUCUGUCUGCCCCUCCUACCCACCAGCUGUCACUGUCCCAAAAUCAAUUGAUGAUGAGGCCCUUCGGAGAGUUGCAACCUUUCGCCAUGGUGGCCGCUUCCCCGUUCUAAGCUAUUAUCAUAAGAAGAAUGGAAUGGUAAUGAUGCGGAGCAGCCAGCCUCUCACAGGUACUAAUGGGAGACGGUGUAAGGAAGAUGCAGCGCUUAUUAAUGCCACCUUGAGGGCAGGAAAGCGUGGCUACAUCAUUGAUACCCGUUCCCUGAAUGUUGCUCAGCAGGCCAGAGCCAAAGGAGGUGGCUUUGAGCAGGAAGUGCAGUAUCCUCAGUGGAGGCGAAUUCACAAAUCUGUUGAGAGGUAUAACAUUCUGCAGGAAAGCCUCAUCAAACUUGUGGAAGCUUGCAAUGAUCAAUCGCACAACAUGGACCGCUGGCUUAGUAAGCUGGAAGCCUCCAACUGGCUGACUCACAUUAAAGAGAUACUAACUGCGGCUUGUCUGGCUGCUCAGUGCAUUGACAGGGAAGGAGCAUCAGUGUUAGUUCACGGGACUGAAGGAACUGAUUCUACACUCCAGAUAACUUCUUUGGCUCAGAUCAUCUUGGAUCCAAAGUGCAGGACCAUACGUGGCUUUGAGGCUCUUGUUGAGAGAGAGUGGCUGCAGGCUGGUCACCCAUUUCAGCAGCGCUGUGCUCAGUCCGCCUACUCCAACAGCAGGCAGAAAUGGGAGUCCCCCGUGUUUUUCCUUUUCUUGGACUGUGUGUGGCAGAUCCUCCGUCAGUUCCCUUGCUCUUUUGAAUUCAACGAACACUUCCUGAUCAUGCUCUUCGAACAUGCCUACGCCUCACAGUUUGGCACGUUUCUGGGCAACAACGAAAGUGAAAGGUGUAAACUGAAGCUGCCACAGAAGACUCUGUCUUUGUGGUCUUGGGUGAAUCGGCCUCAAGAACUGAGCAAAUUCAAGAAUCCUCUGUUUGAGGCCAACAGUCUCGUCAUCUGGCCUUCUGUCGCACCACAGAGCCUGCAGCUUUGGGAAGGUGUCUUUCUCCGUUGGAAUAGGUCCUCCAAGUUUCUGGACGAAGCCUAUGAAGAAAUGAACAACAUCAUAGAGUACAACAAGGAACUUCAGGCAAAAGUCAAUGCACUGAGGAGGCAGUUAGCAGAACUGGAAACAGAUGACGGGAUGCAGGAAAGCUCCUGAGAUCUUGCAAGGCUUUGGACACCAGGUCUUUCCUUUCAACUCACCUUUACACUAAAGACUAAACAGAGAAUGUGCAUGUGUUGCAGAACCUUCUGGUGCAAUUGCUCCUCAACCCUUCACUGCUGAAACCCUCACUUUACACUAUCUACAUCUCUUCCGUUCGGGAUGGGUCUCUUGUGUUUUCUGUUUACAGGGGAAGUGCACUGUUCAGCAUAGUGUUCUCUCUUGACCGUUGCUGUCUUUAAUAAAUUGUGUACAGUUUCAGCA